CGCCAGUGUGGUAUCGUCAUUUAGGCGAUACGGAAUGUAGUCUCGUGAAUGUGUGGAUGAAAACGGCGAUUUUCUAUUUGAAUCUCCGUUAUCAACGAUACAUGUGAAAGACCAAGUGAAGAAUGAUAUAGUCAUGAACCGAUCAGGAGGCGAUCCUGAUAAAAAGCCGAUGGCUCAGAUAACUCGUGCACAUUGCAUAAAACGGUGACAGAGCUGUAAAUUACAGCGAUGGAUAUACAAAAAAAGCACCUGUGCCCCCGCUUGGUGGAUUAUCUCGCCAUUGUGGGGGCCAGACUGCCCUCAGUCUCUCGUCAGCCUGUGCAGGUUCCAGAAUUAUUGCGAAGAUAUCCGGUGGAAGAUCACAAAGAUUUUCCAUUACCGUUGGAUAUGGUUUAUUUCUGCCAACCUGAAGGUUGCACUAGCGUGGGCCCGAAACGCACAGCUUUACGAGAGGCUACUUCCUUUACUUUUACACUCACGGAUAAAGAUUCCGGGAAAACUCGCUAUGGGAUCUGUGUAAAUUUUUAUCGACCAAUAGAAAGGGUAGGAGUUGCAGUUGGAAGUGGGGUCUCAAUGAAAAGAGACAAAUACAAUACCACAUUUCGAAGGGAAAGUUGGAGGAAAAGUAUGGAAAAGAGCACAGAUUCUGCCUUUUCUAGCGACUAUAGGAGCAGUGCAAUUGGUCCUAGUGACUCUGAAAAAGAUUGUCCGAGUAGUAGAAGAGACUCUGACACUUCGCAUAUUCCAAGUGCACCGAGAUUAGGUAUCACUGCACCAAGUGGAGACAGUGAAAGUGGAGGAAGUCAUUCUCCAUCUCCACGUGCUUCACGUAGACGACAGAGAAUACGAAAUCACUCGCUCACGUCGUUAUGUAUCAUCUCUCAUCAUCCAUUCUUUUCAAUGUUCCGGGAAUGCCUUUUCGUAUUAAAGAAGAUUAUCGACGCGUGCAAUGAGAGUUCCUCGCCGCAGAAAGUUGGUGCUUCUAGACAAACUAACAGAGAUACAGUGUGGAGCGUUUUAACGGGUCAAACACUGGAGGGAACACCAUCGAUAGUGUUGCACGAUGUUCGUGAGAUCGAGACAUGGAUAUUGCGAUUGUUAAGCAGUCCUGUUCCAGUUCCAACAAAAACACGCGUCGAGAUCGAGAUCGUGUCGCAAAGUAUGCAGCCACCACUCUGUUUUGCACUCCCAGAUCACACUAGAUUUUCUCUUGUUGAUUUCCCUCUGCAUCUACCCCUGGAACUUCUUGGCGUUGACAUAUGCUUGAAAGUCCUCACAUUGAUUCUCUUGGAGCACAAGAUCGUGUUACAAUCCCGUGACUACAAUGCCCUGUCGAUGUCUGUAAUGGCGUUCGUUACGAUGAUUUAUCCUCUGGAAUAUAUGUUCCCUGCAAUACCAUUGUUACCCACGUGCAUGAGCUGCGCGGAACAAUUGUUGCUUGCACCUACACCAUUUGUUAUCGGAAUACCCGCUACUUUUUUAUUGUAUAAAACGAACUUUAAAAUGCCCGAUGACAUUUGGCUAGUGGAUCUAGACAGCAAUAAAAUAAACCCACCUACUGGUCUGGGUGAUCAAUUGCCUCCAUUGCCCGAACCAGAAGGCACCGAAUUAAAGAACCACUUGAAACAGGCAAUGCAACUGAUGGACCAAACCGGCUCUGGUGCAAUGGCUAGUAUGUCAAUUCCGCAAAUACUAUCGCAAGAUACUUCUCCCAGGACUUCUCUGCAAGCUCCUAGCAGAAGAGAGAGUCUAACUUCUCAUUUGUCUACUUUGAGCGUAUCUUCAAUGAAGCAUAGGCCAAGCAUCGAUCACUAUUCCAGUCCAGCAAGUUCUCCAGGUGCCGGUGUGACUUCCAGUCACCGUCGCACCUCCAUGUCUCAAUCAGGUGGCUCUUCGUCGCCCCAGAAACCGUUCUCCUCGCAAACCGUGCAAUCUUUCAAUCCUUUCAUCUAUGGAAACGAUUUGGACUCGGUAGACGUUGCCACAAGGGUGGCCAUGGUUCGCUUCUUCAACUCGCAGAAUCUCUUGGCGAAUUUCACCGAGCACACGAGGACUCUGAGACUAUAUCCCAGACCCGUAGUCGCGUUCCAGAUCAAUUCUUUCCUUCGAUCAAGACCACGGACCAGUCAUUUCUUGAACAAAUUUGCCAGGACUCAGGCGGUUGAGUUUUUGGCCGAAUGGUCCCUUACACCGAGCAAUGUGGCGUUCUUGAGGGUGCAAACAGGGGUGUUCGAUCCGACUCAGAUAGGCGAUAAGCCGAAAUGGUAUGCCUCGAGUCUCGAGCCUAUUUAUUUUCCUGUUUGGGACAAUGGUAGCUCAUUGGCCAAUGCUCUGAAAGCAAUGAAGGAACACGAGAAUCAACCAACAGAUGAGAGUGGAUCUGAUUCGGAAGGUGCUGAAAGCACGAGCUCCUCUUAUUCCUCGUUGAGCGAUUUUGUUUCUGAAAUGGUGUCAUCGGACUUGUCUCCGAGUUACAAUUGUUCACAAGUAGCACAGCCUCAACAAAUGGCCUUGUCUGUAGAUCCAACGAAUGUUUACAAUCCACCCAGUUCACUGCAAUAUCCUGGAGUCGAGGAAGAAUCGACAGUAAGACCGGAAAGUCCACCAAGCACUUCCUCCAGUCACAGUGACUUGAGCAGUCCCAGCUUCAACAGGGAUUCUGAAUUCGAGUUAAAUCCCAAAGCUCAAGAAGGCUCACAAUCGACCAAUGAUAAAGAGGAGGGUGGUAGCUUUGAAUCAGAUUCAGCAUCCACCAUAACACCACGCACAAUCCUGAGCGCACAAAGUUCGGUGGGACAGUUCGGAGUAGGGAAGAGACGUUCUUUAGCAACGUCGAGCAUCAACGACACCGAACGUCCUGCCACAUCUUACAGGACUUCUCGUCUCAGUAGAUUUGUUGUUCCAAUACAACCAAGCGCAGCAAGUCUCCAGCGUCAUCCAAGUGUUGGCAACGUUUUGGCGAGGGCAUCGAGUUUUGGUACAGGGCCAUUUUCUCGACAGACGAGCAACAGCAGCAACGAGAGCGAAUCGUCCACGGUUUCUCGACAAUUUUCAUUGGGUACCAGUGGGCAGAAGCAAGCCAACGAGGGCGUGCAAAGACAGGGUUCCAACGUGACUGGAAACGGUGUUCUACGACAGGGUUCUCAAGGAUCUUUGUUCGAACAAAUAGCCAAUCAAGCGAAGGAUUUGGUUCGAGAAACUACUAGGCAGAGCAGUCAGGAUGGAAUUCUUGCUCAGAUGGACAAGUUAAAACAUCAGGCAAAAGAGAAGAUCACAGAAGCUGGGGAAGAUAGUCUCUUUGCGCCAUUGGAACAAUUGACGCAACAGACAAAGAAAGCAGUAGGAGAGGCAACGAAAUCCGUGCAAGAAGCUUCGAAAACCGCUUUGGAGGCGAGCAAAACUGCAGCUGGAGUCAGCAAAAAUACACUCGAUGAUUUAACGUAUGUGAGCAAGAGCACUUUUGGAGAUUUGACAAAAAGUGCCAAAGAAGUUGCUGCGAAGAAAGGUUUACUCAAGGGACUUAGCGACACGCAGCAUUCACCUCCAUCGCCUCCUGGAAUAUUACAACGAAGAGAUUCGAGUAGUACACAAUUGGUCGCUUCGGAUAAUCGCGCAGGGCGGCGGGAAAUCGGACGUGAUUUUUUCAGCAAUAUUAGUAGUGAUUUAAAUGGCAUUGCUGCGCAAACGAGCAACAUGUUUAGCGAUCUGUUUGGCAGUAAAAAUAGUUCUAGAAAUACCGGUCUCCCACAGUCGCAAAAAGCGGAUAAGAAGACACCGAUACUCGGACCUUUUCCUAAAAGUAAAACAGGAUUGGUGGAACGAUCAUCGUUGAUAAAACACUCGACGAACAAAGCUAAUCAGGAAGACAUCCAGAGGAUGCAGAAUGCAGAGAGGUCUAGUACAAAUAGCGACAAUCAAGCUUUCCUGACUGAUGUGGUGAAUCAAGUUUUAACCGGUGAAGGCGUUGGCUGGCUGAAAUUGAAUAGGCUAAAAAAAUUAAUGGAGGAUGAAAGCUAUCGAGACUUGGUAGUGACGAAAUUGAAUAAAGGGCUUAAUAAAAAAAUUAGUCCUGAUGAUCAUAUCGAUGAUGUGUAUAUCUCGAAGCCAGUUUACAAGGGAAUGCUAAAGUGCCUUCAAGCAGUGGCUCAUGGUCUUGGACACACUUACAAUAAUUUCGGCCUGGGAGGAAUGGCAUCGGUUUAUCAGUUAAUGGAAAUCGCACAUACUCACUAUUGGAGCAAGGAUCUUUCAGAGGGAGGUUUCGAUAGUUCUUUAAUGUCUCAGACAUCUAGUCCAUUUGGCAGCAAGGAAAACUUGAGGUCUCCGCAGUCUCCUACUCAUCCUGAAUUCUCAGACGCAUCUCAAAGAUCGGAUGCACCUCAAGUUCAUUUGGAAAUGCCACACGGUCAUUCAACAGCGCAUGAAGGUAGCCAAUCGACGACAGACAUGUUCCUCGAUAUGUUCACUAAAAAAGGAAAGUUCCUCAGCAGGCUAACGUCCUUCGACUCUGAGAGUGGGCGGGGAGGUGGAACAGGAAGCAGCGAAGCUUUAUCCACAGAUGGAGGUAGCAUAAUCACUAAUCCUGCUUUUCGUCAAGCGCACCAGGCUUCUUUCCGAAGCACUGUCUCUGAUAGCGAGGUCGAACAAGGCAAUUUUUCACGACAGCCGAAGCAACGAACCGGAAGCGUUUGGUCCAGCAAAUCUUCUUUAAGUACCGGUUUUCGAUAUCAUGGAGGAAGCUUGGUACCAACUACGACCGCUCCUAGUCCUGAAGCUGCAAGAACGUAUUUAUUCGAAGGUUUGUUGGGGAAAGAAAGAUCAUCGCUUUGGGAUCAGAUGCAAUUUUGGGAGGAUGCAUUUUUAGAUGCAGUGUCUCAAGAAAGAGAUAUGAUCGGCAUGGAUCAAGGUCCAGGAGAAAUGAUGGAAAGAUAUAAGAGUUUGAGCGAAAGUGAAAAGAAACGAUUGGAACACGAUGAAGAUAGACUAUUGUGCACUCUGUUGCACAAUUUGACUGCUAUUUUAGUAAUGCUGAACGUGGAUAAAAACGAGGUGAAACGUAAAGUGAGAAGAUUAUUGGGAAAAAGCCACAUCGGUCUGAUCUACAGUCAGGAGCUCAAUCAACUUCUCGACCAAAUACAUAAUCUCUAUGGAAACGAUAUAGAUCUAAAGCCUCUCACAUCCAGACAAAUGCACCGUCAAUCGUUCACCGUGCAUGCUGGCGUCGAUGCAGAAGGUGAUUUACGAUUUCUCGAGGUUCGCCACGAUGGACUUGUCCUUAGAUCUGUGAAUGGCGUGAUUGUCGAAAGAUGGUGGUAUGAGCGUUUGGUGAAUAUGACUUACAGUCCGAAGAACAAAGUAUUGUGCCUUUGGCGACGAAAUGGCGGACAAACGCAACUGCAUAAGUAUUAUACCAAAAAGUGCAAGGAUCUAUACUAUUGCAUAAAAGAUGCAAUGGAGAAGGCAGCAGCUCGUGGACGUGGCGCGAAUGUGGGUGCUGAACUUGGAGGUGAAUUUCCGGUUCAGGACAUGCGCACCGGUGAGGGUGGUCUUCUUCAGGUUUGCAUGGAGGGCGUGGGUCUCCUCUUCGCAAAUAGCAAGGAUUUCGAGUUUUUUGUAAGACUCGAUCAUAUCCGCAAGUGCUUUACUCAGAAGGAUGGGAUCUUUGUAUUGGAAGAAUUCAAUCCUAAAACUAGACAAGUAAUUCAACGUAAAUAUAAGUCUCAAAUGGCAGAUCAAAUCUGUUACUCGGUUCUCUGUGUAUUCUCUUACUUGGCCGCUGGUAUGGAGCAACGGAAGCAACAACAGAACCAACAGCAACAUCCUCAACACCAAUUCCAUCUCCAACCCCAACAACAGCAACCACCACCGCAAUAUCAGCAAUCGCAACGUCAACAAACAACAUCAACACAUCAAAAACAACAACAACAUCAACAAUAUCAGCAAACCCAACAACGUGUACAGUAUCAACAACAGCAACGUCAACAGCAGCAAUCUCAUAGCCAACAAUAUUCAGGUAGUAACGCCGGCCAAAAUAAUCAAGGCCAUAGAAACACGCAAUCCGAUUCUUUUCCUAAGCAUCACUGACACAGAGGCAGACACUCGCUCCCAUUUGUGCAUAAUUACAAUAAGUGUGCCCCUUACGCUUGCUUACCCUGGGUGUAAGUCUUCGUUUCACGGCCAAUCCACUUGCAUUGUUGAGGAAUUUAACGUUAAAUCUUCUUGAUGGAGAAGAAUAAAUAAAUUAAGGAAAAUUAAUAAAUUAAUUAAUUAUAAUCAAUUGUUGUUUAGUUUGUUUAAGUUGUUUAGUCAAUGAUAAGGUUAUUAUCCUAAUAUAAAUACUUAGUUUCAAUCCAAAAAUUCUUUGUAAAA